AUGGAGGAAUCUCGGUGUCGGUUUUCCAUAGUGAUCUUGAUAACGUUCUUGAUUGUGCGAGUAACAAACGUCUUAGGCGAACAGGAACAGCUGGAAGAAAUCGUUCACCAACCGUUGCACUGUGACCGCAUUGAUAAUUCACAGUCGGCUCUAGUGAGUGGUAAUGAUUGGGGAUCGUUUCACGGUAGAAUAGGAGAGCGGAUACUGCGCUGUGAUUGUCACGAAAGUGUCCGACAGCGACGUAGCAACGACGAGUACGGAGAGCAACGGCCUAAGCUUCGAAGCUCGCCCUUUGUACUGCCAGCAUUCCCAGCAACUACGGUAGCGACCGAUAUACUCAUUGUCAACUGUCAACAACUGCUCGUACCGGGCGGUACAUUUCGCUCGAUCCGUGCCGAAUUUCUACCACGCACGAUACGCUUUGUCAACAUUGAACAGUUGACGCUGGAAUCGUUUGCCUUCGAAAGUGGUGGUAGUCAAACAAUUGGGCAGCAGGUGAAUCCACACGAUCCUCACCCGAUACUAGGACCGAUUACGCUCAGCAUUGAGCGGUGUCAGUUGGACGAACUUCCAGCUAAUGCGUUCCAUGGAGCGGCCCUACGUUCGGUGUUAUUUAGUGCAUCGAGUAUUGGAGCUAUCCGACCGCUAGCUAUCAGUACACGCUUUCAGCAGUUUAUUUUCUCCAACACUGUGAUUGGCCACUUUGCUAGACACGCAUUCAAGCGCGCGCAGAUGGAGCAGUUACAUCUGCAUAAUGUGACGAUGACCGGCGCUUGGACAUCUCAAGCCUGGCAAGGACUCAUCGUUAGCAAUUCGAUACAGAUACAAAAUUGCGGGUUUCAGCAAACCAUUCAUCCUGCAGCUAUUACAGAGAGCAGUACCGAAGAACUCCUUCUUCAAGGAAACACCUUCAAUGACUCCAUUGCUGACGAAGCCUUCCAGCUGGAGGUUAAAAAUCGAAUACGUUUGAUUGAUAACACGUUUACCGUACUAUCGUCCAAUCUUUUCAGAGGUAUUAGAAUAUCUAACGAUUCAGCAUGGAAUGCACAACCGAACAUUCUUCUCGAGCGCAACCUCAUCGACACAUUCACAGCUUCAAACGAUGCGCACACCUUUCUAAUGUUUCCACGCAAUUUCACCGUGAGCCUGGAAAACUUCCGCAUCGCCCAGCUGGCGACAUGCGAAAGCACCAACGUGUCUUUCCCUGCGUGGGCAGAAAUCUAUUUUCUACAACCAUUCGCCACAGCAGGACGCAAUCAUCCAGAAUCAUACAUCUCGGUGGAACAGUUUCGUUCGCAGGAAGGUUGUGAUUCGGGAGGACCAGAUAUGGUGCUAGUUAUCGUGCUGGCCACACUACUAGGAGUCUCCAUCUUGGUAGCUAUCGCUGUGGGUCUGCUAUGCUGGAGACAUCAGCGAAAGCGACAGCGGAUGUUACUACUUGAGCAAAACUUAGUACAUCCCGUGCCGAGAACCUAUCGCGAAACACAGAUCCUACUAAAGCUCGAAACGGUCGGACAGCUGAAGACGGAUUUUUAAGGAUAGCUU